GGGGAAGUUUCCCGAAGAGUCUGGAGUCGAGUGCCUAAAAAAGAAAGAAAUUGAUGAACGAUUCCAAAAGAGGAGUGCUUUGUCUUGCGAAGACGCUGCCCUUCGGAUUUGGAAAUCAGUCCGGUCGCCGCGUCAAGCCCACCAGCGAAUCGAGGGAGAGAGAGGCGAGCUCUGUGCUCGCGUGCGGCGGCGAGGGGGGCCGGAGAUGGAGGAGGAGACAGCGGCGGUGGAGAAGGCGACGUCGUACAGGUACUGGGUGCGGGAGGCCACGGGCGCCGCCGCGCCGCCGCCCGCGCCCCGCAAGAUCGACGCCGCCGCCAACCCGGCUCCCAGCACCCUCGGCUCCGUCUGGAACCAGGCUGGAACCUGGGAGGAAAAGAACCUCAAUUCAUGGGCCAACAGUAGAAUAAAGGAUUUGCUGCGCUCAUUAGAUCCUUUGGAGUUCUCUACUGGGAAGGCAUUGGUUUAUGAAGUAUCUAAGUGCUCAGGCGAUGCAUUUCUAGUCACUGUUCGUAAUAAGAAGAGAGUAGGCUAUACGUAUGAGCUGGGCUUAAAAUUUAAAGGUGAAUGGUUAAUUAAAGAAGAAAGCAAGAAAGUAAAAGGUUAUCUGGACAUUCCAGAAUUUUCAUUUGGCGAACUUGAAGACUUGGAGUUGCAAAUAAGUUUUACCGAUGACAAGGACCUCUCGUCUGACAACAAGGCGCAAAUCAGCAAGGAUUUGAAGUCCUUUCUUGCACCUAUUCGGGAGAAACUGCGCAAGUUUGAAGAAGAGCUCAAGGAUAGAUAGCAAAACUGCAAGCUUGUUCUGAAGCAUCAUCAUGUAUCAAAAGAAGGCUUAAUCUAUAGCCAUUUCACGUAUCGAAAGACAGCUUCAGAUGUUUACGAGGAAUAUGCACCAUGUGCAUUUCAUUGCUGAUACGUUCAUACAUAAUUAGUUAUGCCAGUGAUGUAUGCCUGCAGAUCAUACUUACCUUCAUACUUUAUGAACUUGCAAGACCAAUUAAUUGGACAGAAACUCUGAACUCUGAAGUUGUAUGCC